AUGACAAGGCUAAAGCAGGCCAAAGAAGAAGCAGAUAAGGAAGCUGCAAAUUUCAGAGCCCAUAUGGAAGCUGAGUACAAAAAGAGUAUCUCUGAGUCUAGCGGAAGCUCGGGCUCGACUGUGAAGAGGCUCGAGGCUGAAACCGAUGCAAAAAUCGAGAGCUUGAAGGCAACAUCCUCAAAAGUGUCCCCUGAAGUUGUGCAUAUGCUUUGCAAAUUCAUCAUAAGUGUUAAAAACUGA